GUCAUAUUGCCUUCAGAAAUUAUAAUGGCUACUUAUUUCUUCUUCUUCAUUUUUCUAAUUAUUUCUACAAGAACUUUAGCUUAUGAUGAUUCUUGUUCUUUUAAUUCCAAAAAAGGAAAUUCAGACCUUUCUGUUAUUCAUAUUUAUGGAAAAUGUUCACCUUUUAACUCACCAAAACCUUCUUCAUCAUGGAUUAAUACUGUAAUCAACAUGGCCUCUAAAGAUCCACAAAGGCUCUCUUAUUUAUCAAGUUUAGUUGUGUCCAAAAAGCCCACUAAUGUUCCCAUUGCUUCAGGCCAACAACUCUUCAACAUAGGUAACUAUGUGGUUCGGGUCAAGAUGGGUACUCCGGGUCAACAAAUGUACAUGGUUUUGGAUACAAGUAAUGAUGCUGCAUUUGUUCCAUGUGGUGGUUGUGUUGGUUGCUCUUCUAAUACUUUGUUUGCCCCAUCUACUUCCACUACUUUCGGGUCGGUGGACUGCUCCGUACCCGAAUGUACUCAAGUCCGAGGGAGUCUCUCGUGCCCGACUACCGGGUCAGUAGUUGGAUCAAGUACUGCUUGCUUCUUUAACCAAUCGUAUGGCGGAGAUUCAUCUUUCUACGCCACGUUGUCACGUGACUCCCUUGGACUAGCCAAUGACGUUGUCCCGAAUUAUGCUUUCGGGUGCAUAAGUUCCGUGUCCGGGACCUCAAUUCCACCACAAGGGUUAUUGGGCUUGGGCCGUGGGUCAAUGUCAUUGAUGUCACAAUCUGGAUCUCUUUAUUCUGGCAUAUUCUCAUACUGUUUGCCUAGUUUUAAAUCAUAUUAUUUCUCUGGAUCACUCAAGCUCGGACCCGUGGGCCAACCCAAAAAUAUUAAAACCACCCCACUACUAAAGAACCCGAGACGACCAUCUCUGUACUACGUGAACCUGACAAGUGUAAGCGUGGGGCGAGUUCCGGUCCCGAUUGCACCCGAACACCUUGCGUUUGACCCGAACACCGGUGCGGGCACGGUAAUUGACUCAGGUACGGUCAUAACCCGAUUCGUCCAACCGGCUUACGAGGCGAUUAGGGAUGAAUUUAGGAAACAAGUGAAUGGGACAUUUAGCUCAUUAGGUGCAUUUGAUACAUGUUUUGUAUCACAAAAUGAGGCAGUGAUACCAACUAUAACAUUGCACUUUGAGGGAAUGGACUUGAAAUUGCCAAUGGAGAACACAUUGAUACAUAGUAGUGCCACUCCCUUGGCAUGUUUGGCUAUUGCAUCAGCACCAAAUAAUGUAAAUUCAGUGUUGAAUGUGAUAGCCAAUUUGCAACAACAAAAUCUGAGGAUUAUGUUUGACACGGCUAAUUCGCGUGUUGGAAUUGCUCACGAAGUUUGUAACUGAGUGUCCCUCGUACCCUAAAUAUGUAGUCACACCCGUGUCUGAUACUUCAAAAAAUGAUGGACGACGUUGUUAUUAUUAAGUCUUUGCUUUCCUUUUAUUUGUUGUUUGGAAGAGAAAAUUUACUCUUCAAUUUAGUACACUUGGUGAAAAAGUUCAUCAAGUACUUUAAUUUCCUUGUGUUACUAUUUGGACUGAAUUAAUGUUGUGUUCAGUAAUUUGGUGCAUUUAGAAAAUUAUCAGUCUGUUUAAUUUUGCUUAA